AUGGGUGAAUUGCACUUCACAGAGUGGGAGACUUGCACCCCACUUCAGCCGGUGAGGAUAGACUCUUCCCACUUCUACCUCCAACAAAAAUGUCUGGGAGCGUCGGGCGGUCAUCUCGAGCCGGAGGUGCAUGACUUCAUCUUCCGCUAUAUGAUGACGGAGGAGCUUCAUGGAAGACAGGAAAUUCGUCAUUGCAUAGACUACGACACGAGGAUGACCAGUUUCAUCAAAAUGGCAAGAUUCUCACCUAUUACAAACGAGUCGUACUGGGCACAAGGUCAACCAGAUAAACAAAGCAAGUUGAUGAUCGUAGCUGUAAAUACAAGACAAACAUCAAUUCUUAUUCACUGGUACCUCCUUCCCGCCGAGGACUGCUCAGAUAGGAAUGUCUCACUGUCUCUGAACUACCCAUCAGUAAUUGGGAAUCUGGAUGUUAAUAGAUCUGCAGAUUGUGUUCAGGCAAUUGUACAAUCAUUUCCCCAAAUUCAACUCGACAUCAAGCAGGUGUCAUUUUGGCAAGUGGAACUGACCGAAGACGCCAAGAUCCUGGACACAAUGUUGGUGUCGGUGGCUGACGUCAUCAUACAUCCCGGAGUGUUCGAGAACCAGUGUGCCGAGAACAAAGAGAGUGUGUGCUGCUUCUCCCCGACCUACGAUUACUACAUUCAGAAUAAAUUUGGCGGUCCUGGCUCGCACAGCAUACACGGUGCUACACGGAGUCAGUGUUGGAUGAAACUGAAGGGCAGCUACAAAUACCCGUUGGUUCAGUGUGAUAAGGCACUUCACAGAGUGGGAGACUUGCACCCACUUCCCCAGCCGGUGAGGAUAGACUCUUCCUACUUCUACUUCUCCAACAAAAAAUGUCUGGGCGAGCGUCGGGCGGUCAUCUCGAGCCGUGAGGUGCAUGACUUCAUCUUCCGCUAUAUGAUGACGGAGGAGCUUCAUGUGGAAGACAGGAAAUUCGUCAUUGGUAUAGACUACGACAUCGAGGAUGACCAGUUUCACUGGGAAAAUGGCAAGAUUCUCACCUAUUACAACGAGUCGUACUGGGCACAAGGUCAACCAGAUAAACAAAGCAAGUUGGAUGAUCGCAGCUGUGUCGCCUACAUGAAGACAAACAUCAAUUCUUAUUCCUGGUACCUCCUUCCCGCCGAGGACUGCUCAGAUAGGAAUGUCCUCACUGUCUGUGAACUACCCAUCCGAUCGACAAAUGUGGUGCCAACAGAAAGGAAACUAGAGUGCGGCCAGCGGGUGGAGCGUGGAGUGCUGGCCAGGUCAGGAUACAGCUCGACAGAGUACUACGAGGAGGCCCAGUACGGGGAGUUCCCUUGGCAUGUGGCGGUGGUGCAGCCGAACAACUAUCGGGAAGGUGUGGUGAUGGUGUUCGUGUGUUCCGGGGCUCUCAUACACCACCAGUUUGUCCUCACGUCCGCCCACUGCGUCAGCUACACUGGCAAUAGAGACCUUGCUGUGUCAUUUGGCGAGUGGAACUUGGCCGAAGACGCCAAGCAGAUCCUGGACACAAUGUUGGUGUCGGUGGCUGACGUCAUCAUACAUCCCGGAUUCGCUUCUAUCGACUCCGUGGUGCACGAUGUAGCGCUGCUGCACCUGGACCAGGUGGUGGAGGCGAACUCGUACCCACACGUGGGGCUGGGUUGUCUACCCUCCCCUCACCUCUUCUACCAGAAGACAGGCGCCUGGGAGUGUUUCACAGUUGGUUGGCCUGAACACUCGCGUCACGGAAGUUCAUACUCCUUUACCGAUAGUUCAAAGCGUGGUAGAAGGGUCUUGCAGCGUAUAGAGUCUGACUUUGUGCCGAGGAUUCGCUGCCGUAGUCUGACAAGGAGCUACUACCGGGCUCUGCGCUCCCAGAAGCCACAACAAUACGGCUAUGACAAAGAAUACGGCUAUCAUCACGCCACCUACGAACACCACAGUUACUUCGACUUGAGGGAACCGGAGUUGAUCUGCACGGAGCCUUACGAAUCGGACACCUGUUUAGACGACUCUACUCCCAUACUUGUAUGUCGGAAAGCACAAUUUUAUACUGAUGAUCCCUUCCACACUGGCCAGCACGGAUACCCAUACGGCAACACCAGGUCUAACAAAUACGAGUCUUCAAACUCGCGCAUCAUCAACGCAUAUGGGAAGGAGAGAUUCGACAGUGAAAAGUGGUACGUGAUGGGUGUGGGUCACAGCCUCAACAAGUGUAGUGACGAGAGCUACCACAAACGACACAAGAGCCACCAGGUGUUCACGCCCGUCCACGAAUACCUCUCCUUCAUACACGCCCACCUGGAUAUCCAGUACAGUGAACCAAAUCCUUACUGAAGAUUUAAACUAGUUUUUCCUCUUUCCAUUGUGCCGCAUAUAAAAUAAAUUUUAA